CUGCUCUGUUCCAAAGGGCUCCAAGGGGAAAUGCAGACAGUGUGAACCUGCUGGUUGGGGUCAAUGUAGUCCCUUUUGAAGAAGCAUGAAAAACAAAUGUCACAUUUUGGAUUGAAAAGAGUGCAUGAUAUGGCUGCUCAAGGUCCUCAUUCGUAUCCUGCUUAUGAGCCCAGUGCUCCUCCAUAUCCGCCAGUCCAAUCUCCGCAGGGUCCUUACCCACCACCUACAUAUCAUUAUGGUGCUCCUCCACCUGUCUCUGUUGCAGGUCCUUAUGCAUCUCAUCCCAGUUAUGCUGUCUAUCAUGGUAGUUCUCAUAUGGUAAAUCACCAAACAAAUGUACCAUUACAACCCCAGGCACAGUGGAUGCAAGCGCCAACCCCUAUUCCUAAUUGUCCACCUGGAUUAGAGUACCUUACAUUGAUUGACCAGAUAAUUGUUCAUCAGGUUGUUGAACUCGUUGAAGCCUUGGUAGGAUUUGAGACCAAAAACAAGUACGAAGUAAAAAACGGCUUGGGGCAGAGAGUUUAUUAUGCAGUUGAAGACAGCGACUUGUGUAAUCGAAUGUGUUGUGGAUCUAACAGGGCAUUUAUCAUAAAGAUUUUGGAUAACAUAGGACAAACCAUCAUGCACCUUGUGCGUCCUUUAGGAUGCGGAUCCUGUUGCUGCCCUUGUUGCUUACAUCAGCUGGAGGUUCAAGCACCACCAGGAAAAGCUAUUGGCUACGUUGUCCAGAAAUGGCAUCCUUUUAUACCCAAAAUGAGCAUCCAGAAUGAAAAUCGUGAAACAGUGUUGAAAAUCAGAGGUCCCUGCUUGGCAAUGAGUUGUCUCGGUGAUGUAAACUUUGAAGUUGUAAGUCGGGAUGAGUCCAGUGUUGUUGGAAAGAUAUCGAAGAAAUGGACAGGUCUUGUACGCGAAUAUUUCACAGAUACUGAUAACUUUGGAAUUCAGUUUCCUAUGGAUUUGGAUGUUAAAAUUAAAGCUGUCCUUCUUGGAGCAUGCAUACUAGUGGACUUCAUGUACUUCGAGCAAAAUUCUGGAGCAGGACAUAGUAGAGUUUGGCAGAUGUGAGCCACAGAAGUAUCAUGAUACUUCAGAAAGGAUUAAAAUGAUCUGAUUGUGAAAUGAUAUGGCUGAUGUCCAAUUAUGUGCCUAACUUAAUUUCAGCAUGGAUCAAUAGGAAUGAAAGGGAUUCACUGAGAGCUUGCAGUUAUUCACCUGCAACAAUGGUUGCAUUUAUGAUUUAAUAAAGCUAAAGGUGUGUUUUGUGUCAUUUUAAAAUGUAGAUUUACUGUAAAACAUUUUUAUAUCACAAGUUUGUGAUUUAUCAGUGUAUACUGUACUGCCUGUUAAGAUUUUAAAACAUUGUACUGUUACCACAAUAAACUAGAAUAAUAUCUUGGGAAUCUGUUCUCUGCAUUGCUACUAUAAUUUCAGCAGAAUAUAGUGGAAAGCCAUGUAUUGUGGGUUACAAAGGGUUCUGACACACUUAGUGUAGUUAUUGAUGUUGAGUGGGACCAGCUCCAAGCUAAUUCUAAGGCAUUAUGUUGUGUUUGUUCUGUACAAUACACUUUCAUUCAGUUGUAGCCUAGUAUGUCCUUAAUGUUAGAAAAUAAUGUCCAUUUGCAUCAGACCUCACCUUCAACUGUGCAGAUUUUUAGCAUCAAAGUCUUUGAUUUUAUUAAUCAUGUAAUACAUAAUUUUUUAACAUUUUAUAGUUCUCAUACACAAAAUGCUACCCUAUGUCUUAAUGUGUGGCAAGCAAUUAAAUCUGCAUCCCUCAAAGAAUUAUGGCUGCGAUCUUUUCUGUUUCAUUAUAUAAUCCCUGGACUAAUGUGGGGUUUUACUGCAUGGUUUUUAAUUGUGUGGAUCAUUUUGUUUGCGGUGA